UUUCAAUUUCAUUCAUAUUGAACAUUGAAUCCCCAUUUGUUGUUUGUUUGUUACUUCUGUCAAUCCAUUCACACAUGUAACACAUUUUUGAAAUAUUUUAAACAAAUGAAUAAUUUACGCAUUUCUAUGCAUUUAUUAUUAAUUUAUAUCGUAUUACAUUAUUUUGUUUUACUGAUCUCUUCAACUCAUUUGAAUUUGUCAAUAAAUUCUUCUACUACUACUGCUCAAAGCAACAAUGUUUUACUUGUUCAACAAACUGUUAUUAUUAAUCAUUCAUCACCAGAGAAACAUUUUAUUGAAUUAUUACUGAAUGCCACGAAUAAUUAUCAAUGUAAUUUUAAUCAGUUACAUUAUUGUUCAUUUGACUAUUCAUCAAAUUGGAAUUUUCAAUUAAGUUUACAAGAAUUUGCUAUGAAAAUGAAAAAAGCCGCUGAAUUAGCUGAUUUAAUUGUACGUGAUUUUCAAGAGAAAUUAUCACACAAAAAUGUAGAGAAUGGUAGCAAUAAUAAUGGUAGUAAUGUGAUAAAAAAUAAUAAUGAGAGCAAUAUGUUAUCAUCAUCGCCGACAACAUCAUCAACAAAUUCAUAUUUUCCAAUACCAUUUGUUCAUAUUCCAACUGUGAAUUAUUUUCCAUGUUCUUCUACUAAUAAUGAUCAACAACAGUAUUCUUAUCUAAAAUUAUCAAUUGAAUGGCCUAAAUAUUUUCAAACACAUCACUUUGUUGUACCAGAAGAUGUGACACCAGUUCAUGUAUCGAAUCAAUUGUCAACUGUAACUGAGAGCACUGUACAAUCAACUUCAAGUAUUAUUAAUACAGUGAAACAAAAACGUUCCAGUUCUUAUCAUUCAUUGAAACCAUUGAAUGAUAAUCAUAAUAAUAAUAACAACACAAUGACCUUGAAACAUGAAUAUACUUUUUCGAAUUUAAAUACAAUAGCUUGUUUACAAUUGAAAAUCAAGUUUCUACCUAAUAAUCAUAGUUUAUUGGGUAGUAAAGUUAUUUUAAGCUUAGGUUCAAAUAAGCAAAUCAUUCAAAAUAUAUUUCCUACUAACAAAAGUAAUCAUCAUCAACAAGAUUAUGCUCAUGAUAACUUGUCAAUAUCAUAUAAAUCAUACGCUCCUAAUAUAUCCAUAUUCAAUUGGUCAACAUUACAUCGUCGAAAACUAUCGGAUUUAAACAACAAUACUUUAUUACCAUAUCAUGUAUGGAUUAAUGUUUCAAUGCCUAUAUAUCCUACUACUACUACUACUAUCAGUAGUAGUAGUAGUAGUUUUACUAGCAGUAGCAGUAGUACAGAUCCCAUUACUCCGUAUCAUGAAAGUGUUUCCCAUCCACAUGAAAUAUUCACAGAACAAUCAAAUCAUUGGAUAGUUGUACAUUCUAACCAGCUGUUGACAAUCCUUACAACAAACAAUGUAUGCAUUGAUGAUAUUUCAUUGUUUACACAUAAAGAUCGAUCAUCACUAACAUCAUUAUGUCCACGUCAAUUAAUUUGGUUUCAUAAUGAUACUACUACUAUACAACAGCUUUAUAUUAACACUGAAGGUUAUCCAAUGAUCAAAUUGAAUGAGACAAAUUCAUUGAGCCAAUCAAAUCGACGUAAUCGAAAGAAUCAUCAGGAUAAUAGUACAAAUCUAUAUGUGACAUCAUUUUUCUCAUUUGAGAAUGGUUUACAAAUGAUAUGGAUUGCUGGUUCAUUAUUAUUAACUGUAUUUAUUAUUUUUCUGGCUAUUUUAUUCAUUAUUACUUUUAGUUUAUCAGUAAUAUGUACACGACGAAAACAAGUUCAUUUUAAUCAUAAAAAAACUUUAACUACUGAAAAUAAUAUAAGUAGUCGAAAUGAAAAAUGUAAAAAUAAUACUCAUAAGAAUAAUGAUAUGGGAUUAUUUUGUGAACAAAAAAAUCGUCGUAAAUUCUAUUUAAAUCGUCAUCAUUAUCAUUGUGAAUUAUUAAAUGUACUGCCAAAUAGUUCAUUAUUAAUUGAUUUACAUAAUCAUUUAUCUUCAUCAUCAUCAUUGCAUGGUUUAUUGAAUCAACAACAACAACAACAACCAAAUCAUCUACAACUUGACAGUCAACAGCAUAAUUCACAACAACAACCACACCCACACCUACAACUGCAACAAGUCAAUACAGCAUCGUUAACAACACAUCAACAAUGUUUAGAUGAUAAUUCAACAGAACUUAGUUUAUGUAUUCAAGAUGAUAAAAAUGACUUAAUGAAUUCAAUCAAUCGACAAAUCAGUGACAAUUCCAAUAUAUCCACAACAACUACAGCAGCUUUACAAUUAUUACGUAAUUGGAAUUUUUAUAAACAACGCAGUACUACACCAAUAACAUCAAUAUCAUCAUCAUGUUGUCGUUAUUAUGCUUAUAGCCAUUAUCCACCAACUACUAGUUGUCCUAUGAUGCAUCAACAGCAUCGAAUAAGUCCAAUCAAAUGUUCAGCAUUAAAACGUGCUAACAUUUCUUCCAAUGUUAGUCUUCUAUCCAAUAACACAAAUAAUCAUCCUAAUCACCAUAAUCGAAAUUCAAUCAAUAUCAAUGAUAAUCUAUUAGAUGAAGAGAAUAUUAUCUAUCGUUGUCAUUCAUCUCAAUUAAACAAUGAUCAUCACCGCGAUCAUCAUAAACAAUCCAAGCAUCAUGAAUUACGUCAAUCGUUAAUUUUAUCAUUCAAUGAAAAUAAUCAAUUAAUUUUAUUACCAUCAUCUGAAUCGAAUGAUCAACAACACAUUGAUCAUCAUGAUCAUCGUAGUACUAGUAAUAUGUUGAAUAGUUUAUCCGAAGAAGAUGCUGAAGCAACACGAUUAGAAAUGGCUACAUCAGUUAAUGCAUUAGAUAAAUAUUUUGUACAGGAUAUCAAUACUACUGAUAAUAAUAAUAAUAAUAGUAAUAAUACAUUAGAUAAUAUGCAUGAUUAUACUCUAUCCACUAUACCACGUUCAAUGACCAUGACGAUGUCGACAAUGAUGAUGAACAAUGACACAGAACAACCACCGCCAAGUUAUCAUGAUUGAUAAUAAAAGGGGAGAGGGUAGUGCAUUUCGUUUUUGUUGUUAUUGUUUGAAUGUUACUUAUUUGUGUUCUUUCCUUGUUGAAUGAGAUGAUAAGCUGUUUUUCCUCACUUGCUUUCUUUCUCUCAGAUAUAUAUAUUAUAUAUAUAUACCCGUUAUAUUACGUUAUUGAAAUGAUUUCUAUGCUUACUCUAAUAUAUAUUUCGUUGUUUGAUUUGUGAAAUGUAGUUGAGACAGAGAGAGAAGUGAUGAUACCUUCUCGGCUUCGAUGAUUACAAGUUUCGGUAGAGACAAAUGGAACUGUGAACUCUUCAAACAGCAAUCCAUAUUCUUCUCAUCUCCGGUUAAUCAUUGUUUGUAAGGAGAGAGAUGUUGUUAUGCAAUAUAUAUAUAUAAUAUGUCUUUUGUUAUAUUGACGAAUUUUAAAAUGUUUAUUCAAUGAAUAGUUAGUUGUAUUUCUAUUGGUUGGUUUGUUUGUUUUUCUGUUUCGGUCGCCAUGUUUUUUUUUGUUUUCGUUCUAACAAUAACAAAAUUUGAUUAGGAUUUUAUCAUUAUUUACUUUGGUGUAUGCAUAUUGCUUGCCCUACACUAUUGACUAUUGAACAAAGAGUAAGUAGUCAAGUGUCAUUUUUAUGUUAAACAAUGUGAAUUCAUGAAUUGUGGACACCAGCACACACACACACUCGGUGCUAUUCGGUUUCUUUCGUUGAGUAGUUUCUUGCAUAAAUAAUAUACAGCAAGUAGUAGUACAUAUUUCGUUACUUGAUUUGUACUGCUACUUUUGUUUUGUUUCAUGCACUCACACACACACACACCAAUACAUACAUAGUGGUUGCUUUUUUUGAAACGCCCAAGUUUAACAACUAAUUUCUAGGGAAUAAAUAAUAUUUCCACUUAAUUUUUGCUUGUUUUUACUCGCUCGUCAGUGAUUUUCUCUUUUUUUUUUAAAUUUAGAUAUUUUAUAAUUAUUAUUGAUGAGUUUGUUUUAAUUUAUUCAUUCAUGCAAAUUAGAAUCAUUAUUUAAUUUUUAUUGAAAGCCCUUCUUUUUUUAAAUCAAAUUAUUGAACAUUGAAUUUUUUGUUGCGUUCAGGUUUGAUUGUUUGAAGUUGUGUUGCCUGUUUUUUUUAGUUGAUCAAAAUAAUUGAACAUUGAAUUAGUUGCGUUCAGUUUUUCUUGUUGUUGUUGUUGUUUGACCUGUAUGCUCGAGAAUGGUUCGUUCAAUGGAAUUGAAUGUGUUCAACAGGAAUUUGUGAAAAAG